ACCAAAAAAUUACUACUGAUAACAUCGAGUCGAUUGCACAACUUCAAUCGUUGUACAGAAUAUAGAUACAGAACGGUGAAUUUAGUUUUGUAGUUUACUACAAAGCUAAGUUCACAUGUUCGAAUCUGUAUUCGUACAAAAAUUGAUUUUGUGUUUUUCGAUAGUUUUAGUUUAGAAUACUAUAAUGGAAUAUUCUUCCGCUUGUAUUCUGACAGAAUAAAGCUUAUAUCAACAUGAUAAAAGGUUCCGCAGUUCGUGACAAAAUUUGGAUCGGAGUUCGUAAAAGUGUAUCAAACCGUCUUCAGUAUUGAAAUUUUUAUCGGAGUUCGUGAGGAAGGUGGAGAUUCGAAGCUCGGAUUCAUCGUGACGAAAUGAUAAUUUCCCUGUACACACACGUUUACUAGUCGAGUGCAAUUUAACCAUGUCGAAAAGAAAUAAUUCGAGUAGACUAACAGUGAAACCUGAUUUUAAUUUCGAUCUCAAUACGAAGUUACCUGAUGUAUUAAAGCAUGAUCAAGAAAUACGUAGUACAUUGCAAGAUUUGAUCCAAAUCUCUCAAAAGAUAUUGUAAAAAAGAAUGCUGAUCAGCAGACAACCAUUAAUCUUGAUGAUAUUGAUUCAAAGUUGCUCGUCAAUAUUCUCCAACCGGUUCUCAAUGCUCGUCUGGAAAAACGUUUGUGUGAUAUUAAGGAAAGAUUAAAACAAAUUGAACGUGAUAUAGCUGAUGCUGGAAAACGUAUUCAUUUAAAUUUAGUUAAUAGUAUCGAUACGAUUUCCUAUCAGCCACAGACUUUUGAUCCAGCUCAAACCGAUUCAACGUGCUCACAACCUGGAAUGAUGUCACAUAAUUCAAAUAUAACAGGAGCACAUGGAAAUUUACAAAUAUCACUUUUUAACGUACGUAACGCUCUUCGUGCAUUUGCUACUAACUCAAACUCGGCUCUCAUUGCAAUCGUUGAUCCUUGGCUAACUCGAACCACCGUAGAAUAG